GCGGCGGGCGAGAGGAGCGGCAACGGCGUAAACAAUCAGUGGAAGUGUUUACUGGUGUUGUUAAUAAAUCAGAAGCUAUAAAUUGAUAUGAAAUAGUGGACAAUAUGGAGUGUACUCAGAGGUUGGAGUGUACUCAAAAUUUAUAUGACACAAACACGGAGAGGACGUGCCCAGAACAGGUUGGAUUCCUGGGCAUAUGUGGAGUAAAACAUCCAGUCCUGAAAGGCCCAAACAAAAUAGGCAGAGAUCCCCAAACAUGUAGUAUUGUUCUUAACUUAAAUUCUGUUUCGAGGCAACAUGCUGUGUUAAACGUACUAAAUAGUAGAGAGUUCAUGCUUAUGGAUUUAGAUUCUGCUAACAAAACUAAGUUAUUGAAUAACAUACUGCAACCGUACGUACCUCAGCCGUUAAGGGACGGUGAUACAGUGCAAUUUGGGGAUAUUUUCGGUGUAUUUAGGCUGCUAGAAGAAGAUAAUGAAUUGCCUAUGACCCAAGCAAUAGAUAUACCGGACACACCUAUGGUAAUUAAGCAUGUUUCCAAGAUCAACAAGGCUCCUACAACUUUGAUACCAGAAUCACCGGAUGUCAGUGAUCGGGAUGAUUCAUUUGCUACACCACAAAACAGAAGCGCAAAAUCUAGAUUAUCCAACAGUUCCUUCAUACAUUUAAAUACUAAACCUAUAUCAACCAAACCAGAGACCUCACCUAAAACAUAUGGCAAUCGAAAGUCUUCCAAACUAUCAAAUUCGUUAAGUUUUAUAAGCAACCCUAAUACGAGUUUGAAUGAAUCAUUAAUUUCUCUCAAAGCUGGUAAAAAUUUAAUAGAUGAUAUUCAUGAAUUGGACACGCAAGUGCCCAAUAGUAAAGCUAACGAAAGUACUGACUCAAUAUACACAGCGAAUACACAAGUUCCUCCGCGAGUCUCGUCACCUUCUAUACACAGCUUAGACACACAAGUGCCUUCAACAGAACAUUUACCUCAAGUUCGCAAAAUUACCGGUCAACAUGAAAUGCAAUUGGACAUAUACGCAGCCAAUAAAGAGAAUAACAGAGACAUAUUUAACGCAGAAACGCAACCUUUCUUAUGCGAUGAAGCAUUAGAAGUUGCGAAUAAAAAUAAUUUGAUAAAUAAGAAAAUCUCAGAUGCUUCAUCAAAAUCAGAGUCCAAAGACAAAUCAAAUACCUCAGAAGAAGAGGUGUUAUUUGAUGACGUUGACGAAGAGAUAUUUGACGAAGAUUUCAAUUCGCAAAAUAUACUACAAAAUGAUUUGCCAUUUAAAGAAGAACCUGUGAAAACGAUACCUAAGGAAUCUAGUCCAGCUGCAUCUAAAAGAGAUAAGAGGAUAGCAUCUGAUGCAUCGACAGAUUGCGAGGAUAUAGAAAUGUUACCAACUCAGAAAAUACCAGAAUUACCCAGUGAAAAGAAUAAGCAGCAAAACGACACCAAUUGCGUCAAGAGGACAACUAGAAUCAAAUCUGAUAGUUCCACAGAUUGCGAAGAUAUUGACAUCGCACCCACGCAAAUUAUACCUGAACUACCAAUCAAGAAGAAUACUACUAAAGACGAAGGAAAAAUUGACAAAAAUAGCAAUGUAAACCCAUCAAAGAGACUUAAUAGGAUCAAAUCUGAUAGUUCUACAGACUGUGAAGAUAUCGAUUUAAUCCCGGCUCAAAAAAUACCUGAAAAGAAAGACGUUGUAAACAAUGAAGAAAUUAUUGAAAUAAAUGAUGCAUGCUCAGACAAACCUGAUGAAGAUGACAUUGCAACGCAAAUAAUUGACUUAGAUAACUAUGUAAAAGAGAAAGUGCCAUUUGAAGACAUGCUCACCCAAGUUAUAGAUAUUGUUGAAGUUCCAAGCAAAUCUAAAAACGUUUCGUUUGAUAAUCGUCCUGCACAAAUAAUUAAUGAGGUUGAAGUUGUUCCUAAUAAACUAAUAAAAGAGGUCGCAAGCCCAUUCAAAGUACCGUCUUCAAUAAAAGGUAAAAGUAAAGAUACUCUGAAAGCAUCGCCCAAAGAUGCUGAUAAAAGUAAACAAGUAAAUGAUGAUAACUAUUAUAAUGCCACGCAAGAUAUUUUAGAAGAUCUGUGCACUCAAAAAGAUAUGGAAGUUGCAGAUGACAAAUCUAAAGAAACAGUGAAACAUGACAAUGUUGCUCUUUUAAAGAGAAUACCCAGUGACUCGUCAGAUGAAAUGUCGACUCCUAAGAAGACGAAGCCGUUUCUAUUCACAGACAGUGAUUUACCGGACAGUCAAGAAAUUAAGAAAAAUGUGUCGUCGCACACAAGAGCUAAUGUCACAGACUCCUCCAGUGAAUCUGAAGUAGAAAACUAUUCAGAAGAUCAGUUUACUCCGGUAGUACAUCGCAAGAAGAAGAAAUCUAUUCCAAAGAUAGAUCUUACUAAAAUGUUGGAUGUUGAUAAGCUACCAGAGAGAGUUAUUACUCGACAGCGAAAACCCACCGAUAAAAUGAAAGGUUGCAUCGAAGCUAAUAAAAAGUUCUCCUCGGACAUGCUAAAACCAACUUAUUUAACUGAACAAGAGGAUCAAAUAGAUGGAGAUAUUAUCAAAGAAAAUAUAAAAAGACUAAAAACUUACGAAAAGGCAAAGGCUAACAAAGAUUCUAAAAUUGAAGUUAUUGUCAAAGAGGAAAAAAAAUCAAGUACGUCACGGAAGAAAACUGCCAGUAAAAGUAGCGAACCCAAAGAAAAGAUUAAAGUGAAGAUUGAAAAACCUAAGAAGAAAGAAACUAAAACUAAAUCAGAAUCAAGAAAAGACAAGAAGAACAAUGAAGCGGAAAAAGAUACAAGUAAAGAAGAAACAACUCGUACUUUGAGAACAAGAUCUAAGAAAGUCGACACUGUAGACAAGAAUACUGAACACAAACCUGAAAUAGAAAACAUUAAAAGAGAACCUGUCAACAAAAGAAAUUCAUCAGCCAAAAAACAAGAGAAAGAGAGAUCAAAAUCACCUGAAAUCGAAGUAAGAAGGAGUAAAAGGCAACGAAAGCCUGUAGAGAACUUGGAGGACUCGCAUAGAGGUCCUAAGUCUAUUUUGAAGAAGAGUUUACACGAACAGAGUACCAUUUACAAUAUUUCGACUUCGAGCCCCGAGUCUCCUAAGGGUGUGAAGAGGUCUUUGGUUGACAGUGAUGCGCCGAGUCCGAAACGUACGAGAGGUGGCAACACCAGCAGUAACAGUACUAUGAAUAAGAAUGAUAAUACGACAGUUAGCAAUAUAAGUAAUAUAUCAUUAAGAGCGACACCGGCGAGGCAGAUGAAAACCCAACAUGUGCUAUUCACUGCAUUCCCCAGUGCUGAAGUUAAACAGAAGUUGGAGAAACUAGGAGCAGUAAUAGUAUCAGACGUGAUGCAAUGUUCCGUGGUACUGACGGUGUCGAUAAAGCGUACGUUCAAGUUGCUGUGUGCGGUGGGGCUCGGCCGGCCCAUCGUCGGCCCCAGCUGGGUGCAGGCCUGCGUAGACACGCGAAUUAUUGUCGAUCCGUGGCUAUACUUGAUGAAAGACGAGUCGGCUGAGAAGCGAUUCCAGUUUAGUUUGCAGAAGACAUUGUCAAGCAAGCGAAACUUCUUAAAAGGUUACAAUGUAUCGUCCACGCCUAACGUGCAACCAAAUGCAUCAGAGAUGAAGUUAAUAGUAGAAUGUUCGGGCGGUACAUGGAAGGAGGGCGGAAGUAACUGGAUCUGCGUAUCCUGUCCCAAAGACAACGCCACGUGGCCCUCGCUCCGGAAGCGCGGCGCCACUGUCGUCUCCACGGAGUUCAUACUCGGCGGCGUUCUGCGACAGAAGAUCGAUAUAGAGAACAAUACCUUCAAAUAAAAGCUUGUAAAAAAUACGACAAAAAGUACCGUUGAUCAUAUUAACCUUGUCAAAUUAUUGUAGUCUUUUUCCCUUUUUAAAUAGAGUCUAAAAUCAGUUGACAUCUGUGACAAGAAGAGUAUGGACUACAUAAUAGUCGUAAUUGAUUUUAGGUACUAUUAAAUAUCUAAGUAGCCAGAAAUUACUGACAAGCUAUUAUCGACUUUUUCCUGAUUGAAAUAGAGUCUAAAAUCUAAAACUACCGUGAUGAGAAGAGGUGCGAAAGGCACGAUAAAUUGGUGGGUCCCGGCUGUUAUUUGAACAUCUUUGGCAGUCGUUACGGGUAGUCAGAAACCAUAAAGUCUGCCUUAUCUCAUCUUUUAUCGUCCAGUUAGUCCCAACUUAGUUGGGAAAAAGAUGACAUGAAGAGAGUUGACAUGAUAACAUGUUUGUUGUGUUAAUUGAUUUUAGACUCUAUUUCGAUAUGGAUUAUAUCGACCAAAGGUUGACAGUGAAAAAUUCUCCAGUAUGUUUGUUCAUAAAUCAGAAGAAAAAUACCACUGUUUUUUUUGCAUUUUGUGUAACUAUAUCAGGGUGCGAUAUUUGGACUUUUGUAACUGUAAAGAUUACUAUAUAUUGAGGUAUAUUUUUUAAAUGAUCUAUGUUGUCUUGUGUUUCAUUUCUAUCUAUGUUGUUAUAUUAUUACAUGGCACAAAAAUCUGAGUAGUUUGUUGACCAUUUUUUCCAUAGUUGAUUUUGGACGUGUGAUUAUUAGAUGUAACUAAUGUAAGCUUUUUUAAUAAUAAUACUUUUUGUUGCAAUAAAAAUGCACUUUACACAGACAGGUUCUGAAAUUAAGAUGUAAAUAAAACGAUUAUGAUAAAUAAUUUUAGGUUUGUAUCAUUACUUAUAUUGUGAAAGUACAUAAGCCCAGUCUAUAAAUAACCACCUAAAAACGUAUGCAUUUAAAACUGUCGGUUUUUGACCGAAAAUGAAUCUGACACGGUGUCAUAGAUUUAAAUUAUUGUUAGAAACUUACUCUAAGGUAAAUAUUUUUGUAUAAUAAGCUUACCCUUACGUUUUUGAACGGGUCAAAUUGGUAACUUGAAUGGCUUCAGUCUGUUUUAAUAAUAUUUUUUUUAAUAAUAACUCCGUGGUUCCGAACGUAGUUGAGUGCCUUUGUAGGUAUGUCAAAAACAUUUAUUUUUCGACUAGUUACAUGUAACCAGUGAGUGUGCCCUUUCAAAAAAAUGUACAAGAAACGUAAAUAAGAAAACCCGCAAAGAUUAAAACAUAAUUAACAAAGCUUCGUUUCAAUGUACAGUCAACUGCAGGUCAGUGGUAACAUUUUUAUUGGAAAAUCGUACUUAUUACAAUUGAGUUAAGGUGCAUGACAGUUACCACUGAUGGGCGGUCUACCUUACUACCAAAAUCAAAAUCUGAAAGAUGUUUAAAAACUUAAAAAAUCACAUGCAUUUGUGUGAAUGAUUGACCUUAAAUUUUAAUCAUCCUUUAUACGAAUUAUUGGUUGAUUAAUAUAUUAUCUUUUUAAAUUAUUCUUGAUAUGCUACUUACUAUGUUUUAUGAAAACGUAUUGUACCUGUGUAGUGAUUAGUUUUAGUUAUAUUCAUUUUUGAAGGAGUUCAUGAGUAUAUUUGGAAAUAUUGAACAGUUUGAUAGCUCGAAUCAUAGUUUAUAUUUUGAUUCUACGAUUGAUUGUUUAUUAUUGUAUAAUAUAGUGUUAGAUUUUGA